AUGAGUAGGGCUCUGCAUGCAUCUGAGAAGAAGUCCGGCACUGCUGAAGGUCCUGGGGGGCCCCUUGGGGCCCCCCAGUGGGCCUUCAUGGGGGCCCCAGAGGGGAGUAACGCCAUUCUGUGGAACAGCAGCAGCAGCAGCAGCAGCAGGCGAUAUUUAAAAGAAGAAGGAGAGAGGGGGGCCCCCCUAUUACCUCGUAUAGGUAUAAAGGGUACAGGAGAGGUAUGCAAUAGAGAAAGCGAAGGCAGAGCAGAAGAAAAGUUCAACAGAAACAAUGCCCGGAAGCAGCGGCAGCUGGAGGAGCUGCAGCAGCAGCAGCACCAGCAGCUGGUGCAGCAAGCCAGCAACCGCAAGAAACGCUAUAUACCCCCUAAAGAAUACUGGUAUUCUGGUCACCACGAGCCUCCUAAUGCAUUAACUGCUGCUGCCUUGGGGUCUCGUGAUCUUAAAUUCGUAUUAAUGAGAGAAGCAAGAAGAAUCCGAAUGGGAGGAGAAUUAGAUUUAUCUGUAUGGGAGGCAUUAGAGUCUCGUGCUGCAGCAAUUUGCAGCAGCAGCAGCAGCAGCAGCAGCAGCAAAGUAGCAGCAAAAACAAUUCUGCGUUUUCUUCAAUCUUUUGCUGCUGUACAAUUACCUAUAAAACCUAAACAUCUUGAGGAUAUGUUAACAGCAAUAGCCAAAAGAAAAGCGGAGAUGAGACCAGAAAAUUAUGUACAUCUUUUCCAGGCUUUAGCCCGUCUUCGUGUUAGACAUCGCAUUUGUAUAUUAGGGUUACAAGAGAUGAUUCUUUCUUGGGGUGUUCUUCGUAAUAAUUUCCUUAUUAAGGCUGCGAAUUCAUUGAGCAAGUUGGAUUUAUCAUCACAUGUUUUAGUGACACCUCUAAAGUUAAUGUUAGCUAAACGUCUACCUACAUUCACAGGUAAGCAGCAGCAGCAGCAGCAGCAGCAGCAGCAGCAGCAGCAGCAGCAACAGCAGCAGCAGCAACAGCAGCAGCAGCAGCAAUAA